AUGAAAAGUACGGUUUAUACAGGAUUAGAGAAAAAUGUUUGUAAAGGAGUUGAAAUUUAUAAUAAAUUUCAGGAUGAUGCAUUACCGGAUUAUAGAAAAAUAAAAUAUCACACAACAAACAGUGAUUUUUUCUACGAAGUACCAUGUGGUGUAUAUAAUAAAAAACAUUUAUUAGAUGAAAAAAUACAAUUGGCAAGAGAAGCGGUACCAGGACAAUUUCCAUGGGUCGUAUCGAUCCAGAGAAAAGUUGCAUUUAAUUCAUUUGCACAUUAUUGUACGGGUACAAUAAUAAGUUCCAUUUGGGUUGUCACGUCGUCUGCUUGCGUCGAAGGUGUCCUCACGAAAAAUGUUUUCGUCGUGGCUGGAAUAAGUUUCGGUCAAAGGAUCGGUGCGGAAAAAUUUGUCAAUUUAGUUUUAACGGAUGAUUCAACAGGGAAUUAUUUAGGACUUAUUAAAUUGGAAAGAGCUUUGGAUUUUGAUUCGCCAUUAGUUGCUCCGAUUUGUAUGCCAAAUACAAAUCAAAAAUAUCCCGAAGGUACGAAUUUAGUUACGACGACGUGGAAUAAUUCUCAUACGAUUUAUCAAAAAUUACUCUAUGGAAAUCUUCCGUUGGUACGUACGGAAAAAUGUUUGGAUUCGAUACAUAAAAAUACAUUGGAAAAUUUAAAAGGAGAAUGUAGAAUGUGUGCCGGGGUUAAAGGUGGUCCCGCCAUGUGUUUACAUUCAAAUAAUAGAUUUUAUUUAUGCGGUGUACUCAAUUAUGGUGAAACUUGUAAUUUAAAUGAUGUUUCCGGAUUAUAUGCUAGCCUUUCUUGUUUUAAUAAAGCCAUACAAAAACAUGCGGUUCCUUUGUUUCACGAUUUCGGUGAUGAUUAUGAUGAUUAUGACGGUGCUGAAUUCCCGACGAUAUCUGGAGUUUCAAAUACUUGUUUCAAAGAAAUAUUACUCUUAAAAAAAAAAAGAGGUUCUGCAUCGGCCGGGAAUCGAACCCGGGCCGCCCGCGUGGCAGGCGAGCAUUCUACCACUGAACCACCGAUGCUUGUAUCCUUGGUAAACAUAGGUAGCCUGGAAGAAGAAAGUGGAAGAAUGGCUAGUCCUUCGCCUCAUCCACCUUCUCCUAUGCCACCCCCUCAAGCUCCUUCUCCGAUGGGGCCUCCACAACAGUCUCCAUCGUUAAUGGCAAAUUCUGGAGCACCUUCUCCUAUGGGUCCUCCCCAACAUCUCGCUCCAAGUCCUGGACCUACAUAUAACCCUAAUCAAUCAUCUUGCCCUCCUAAUUUAUCUCAUUCUUUACCACCUGGCAGUCAAAUACCAGGUAAUAUACCUGGUGUUCAUAUGAAUGGUCCUUCAGGUUUGCCUCCUCACAGUCAAAAUUUAUCUCAUUCACCCUAUCUUAAUUCAUCGCAGCCUCUUAUUGGAUCAAAUUCACAAAUUAGUCAUCAACCGUCUUCAAUGCAAAGAUAUUUAAUUAACGAUAAUUUUUAA